AUGACAUCAACAAAUGAUAUUGGACUUGCACCUGAGCGUAUUCAGUGCUCAACAACAACCGAUUUAAAUGAUCUUGUUUGUUCAACAAUAUGUGAAAAUAUUUUAUGGAAACCAGUCGCUUGUCAACAAUGUGAAACUCAUUUCUGUUCUAUGUGCAUCAGACAAUGGUUAAAUAAAAAUCCGAAUCAAUGCCCAAUGCGAUGUGACAAGUUUAUUGAACGAUCAUGUUCUAAAUUCAUUGCCAAACGAUUAGUACAAUUGCAAAUCAUUUGUAUUUAUCAGCCGAAUGGUUGCAAUGAGGUUAUUCCAUAUGAAGCACUUGAAAAACACGAGAUAAUGUGUGGAUAUCAACUUCUAAAAUGUGCUGGUUGUUUAGCAGAAAUAUUGAAAAAAGAUUUUACUGAACAUCAAUCACAAUGUCCGUUGACUGUAACAACAUGUGCAGAUUGCAAAAUGGUUUAUAAACAAAAUGAUGUUCUUCAAACACAUUCUGAUGUAAUAUGUCUUAAAGAACAACUUCGACAACAUCGACAGCAAUCAAAAUAUGAAAUUCAGCAACUUAAACAACAGAUUCAACAAACACUAAAUGAUCAAAACACAUUGUUAGCAUCGCGUGGUAUCAUCGUAAAUGAUAAUGACGUAAGUGCUUAUAUAGUAUUGCUCGAUCGAUGUUCAACUCUUUCUCGAUUAGAAUACAGUGCAACGAACCUAUAUCCAAUCUACGAUCGAAGUCGAGAUACUUCAUAG